UCUCUCUCCAGGGUGUUCACAGUGACAGCAGUGGCCCAGCUGUGUGUGUUGGGUACUAUGUGGAUAUUUGGAGUGUUCCAGUUCCAAGAGGAGGGGACAGUGGUCAUGACAUAUCUCUUCACUAUCCUCAACUCUCUACAGGGAGCACUGCUGUUCAUCAUGCACUGCCUACUGAACAAAACGGUGAGAGAGGAGUAUGGCAAGCUCCUGUCCUGUAUCUGCACACCACUGAAGAAGAGAUACUCAGAGGUCAGCACUACCAACCCUUCUUCCAGCCACUCCCAGGGGUCAAGGAGCGCAGAGACCACAGGGGAGUCGCAGAUAUGACGUCACCAAACCCCCAUAAUGCACCUCUUUACCCCUCCUCCCAUGACAAAGGUUCCCACUAGAUGUUCAUACUGUAAAGUCAAAAUGGUCAAUAUCGUAAACAUUUAUGAAAACAAAUAUUUGAGCUUAACGGUGUGGUUAAGAUAUAUUGUAGAAAUGGGAAGUGUUUCUGAUUUAGUAUCUUGGCCAGAUAGUGACACACCAGAAACACUCAGCCCGAGGAUAGUACUGUUCAGACCAGGUUAGUAGAAAAUGUGUCCAACUAGCCCGCCAGAUAGUAAAAAUGGUAGUCCUCUAGCCAGGUUGGCCAGUGCCCAAAAUCCUUCAGUUCCAUCCCUGAUUAGACACUUCAUAUCAAACUUGAUGUUAAUUAACCACUGUCUUAUCCAGCAUUAGGUUAUCCAAUCAGAAGUUAUGUGAUCUUCAUGUCAUCCAAUAGGAAUCCAUAUGGUCUUUAUGUCAUCCAAUCAGAAGUUACAUGAUCUUCAUGUCAUCCAAUAGGAAUCCAUAUGGUCUUUAUGUCAUCCAAUCAGAAGUUACAUGAUCUUCAUGUCAUCCAAUAGGAAUCCAUAUGGUCUUUAUGUCAUCCAAUCAGAAGUUACAUGAUCU